GGGUGGCGGCGGUAGCGCGCGGGACGCUCUAGGACCCAGCAGCGGUUGUCGGCUUUGGGCUAGAGGUGAAGUCCUGGCAUUUCCCUCCUUCCUGUGUGAAUGGGGCUGAUUGUCGGGCGCCACUUCCCCGCGCUGCCCCGCGCCAUACUCUGUGCGCUGCCUAGCGGCCGCCUUCCCCAACCACAGGACUAAACUAGGUAUGAUCGCCUCAUGUGGAAGGCAAAGUUGCGCCGGGGAACUUGUGAGCCUACGGUGAAAGGUCCCUCUCCUGUAUGUUACAGCCCAAGUAGUCCCAUCCAGAUUCUAGAAGACUCCAACUACUUUUUUCCGGACUUCCAGCUUUAUUCUGGGCGGCAUGAAGCAUCUGCUUUGACGGAGGAGACAACUGGUAGUGGCAGGGACAAACUUGUUGAGGAUCCUCUCUGUAACUUCCACUCCCCGAACUUCCCAAGGAUCUCAGAGGUGGAAAUGAGAGGUUCCGAGGAUGCGGCAGCUGGAACAGUGUUGCAGCGGCUGAUCCAGGAACAACUACGGUAUGGUACUCCGACUGAGAACAUGAACUUGCUGGCCAUUCAGCACCAGGCCGCAGGGAGUGCAGGACCAGCCCACCCUACAAACACCUUUUCUUCCACGGAAAACCUCACUCAAGAAGACCCACAAAUGGUCUACCAGUCGGCACGUCAGGAACCGCAGGGUCAAGAACAUCAGGUGGACAACGCGGUGAUGGAGAAACAGGUCCGGUCCACGCAGCCUCAGCAGAACAAUGAGGAGCUGCCCACUUAUGAGGAGGCCAAAGCCCAGUCACAGUUCUUCAGGGGACAGCAGCAGCAGCAGCAGCAGCAGCAGCAGCAGCCGGGGGGUCAGCGGCAGCAGCAGCAGCAGCAGCUGGGUGCUGUGGGCCACGGCUACUACAUGGCAGGGGGCACUGGUCAGAAGUCCCGGACUGAGGGGAGGCCCACAGUAAGCCGUGCCAACAGUGGGCAGGCACACAAGGAUGAGGUGCUGAAGGAACUGAAGCAGGGCCAUGUCCGUUCCCUGAGUGAGCGGAUCAUGCAGUUGUCAUUGGAGAGAAAUGGAGCUAAACAACACCUCCCUGGCUCGGGGAAUGGAAAGGGCUUCAAAGCAGGAGGGGGACCAUCCCCAGCUCAGCCUACCAGUAAAGUGCUGGACCCUCGGGGUCCUCCACCUGAAUACCCCUUCAAGACCAAGCAAAUGGUGUCUCCCGUCAGCAAGGCCCAAGAGCAUGGACUUUUCUACAGUGACCAGCACCCGGGGAUGCUCCAUGAGAUGGUCAAACCUUACCCUGCUCCUCAGCCUGCCAGAACAGAAGUGGCCAUCCUACGGUACCAGCCACCCCCAGAAUAUGGGGUAACAAGCCGCCCAUGCCAACUCCCGUUCCCGUCGACAGUGCAGCAGCACAGCCCCAUGUCCUCGCAGACCUCCUCUGUCAGUGGACCACUGCACUCCGUGUCCUUGCCACUUCCACUUCCGAUGACCCUGGCGGCUCCACCACCCCCGCCCGCAGCUUCCCCCAGCCAGCAGCUUGGUCCAGAUGCAUUUGCUAUUGUGGAGCGAGCCCAGCAGAUGGUGGAAAUAUUAACAGAGGAGAACCGGGUGCUUCACCAAGAGCUUCAGGGUUACUACGACAAUGCUGACAAGCUCCACAAGUUUGAAAAAGAACUUCAGAGAAUUUCGGAAGCCUACGAGAGCCUGGUCAAGUCCACCACCAAGCGAGAGUCACUGGACAAGGCGAUGAGAAACAAAUUAGAAGGCGAGAUUAGAAGACUUCACGAUUUCAACAGAGACCUUCGAGAUCGACUGGAGACAGCCAAUAGGCAGCUCUCCAGCAGGGAAUACGAAGGACACGAAGACAAAGCCGCGGAGGAGCACUAUGCUUCCCAGAACAAAGAAUUCUUGAAGGAAAAGGAGAAGUUAGAAAUGGAGUUAGCGGCCAUGCGGACUGCAAGCGAUGACCAUCGGAGACACAUCGAGAUUCUGGACCAGGCUUUGAGCAAUGCCCAGGCCAGAGUCAUCAAGCUGGAAGAGGAGUUACGGGAGAAGCAAGCAUAUGUGGAGAAAGUUGAGAAGUUGCAGCAGGCCCUGACUCAGCUGCAGUCUGCCUGUGAGAAGCGAGAGCAGAUGGAGCGGAGGCUGCGGACCUGGCUGGAGAGAGAGCUGGAUGCACUGAGAACCCAGCAGAAACAUGGAAAUGGCCAGCCAGCCAGCAUGCCAGAAUACAAUGCUCCGGCCCUCAUGGAGCUGGUGAGGGAGAAGGAGGAGCGGAUUCUGGCCCUGGAGGCUGACAUGACCAAGUGGGAGCAGAAGUACCUGGAGGAGAGCACCAUUCGGCACUUCGCCAUGAAUGCUGCAGCCACUGCUGCAGCCGAGAGGGACACUACGAUCAUUAACCACUCACGGAAUGGCAGCUAUGGUGAGAGCUCACUGGAGGCCCACCUCUGGCAGGAGGAGGAGGAGGUGGUGCAGGCCAACAGGAGGUGUCAGGACAUGGAGUACACUAUUAAAAACCUCCAUGCCAAAAUCAUAGAGAAGGAUGCCAUGAUUAAGGUCCUUCAGCAGCGAUCCCGUAAAGAUGCUGGGAAGGCGGACUCCUCGAGCUUGCGGCCUGCCCGCUCAGUCCCGUCCAUUGCAGCGGCCACUGGCACACACUCCCGCCAGACCUCUCUCACCAGCAGCCAGCUGGCCGAAGAGAAGAAGGAAGAGAAGACCUGGAAGGGGAGCAUAGGGUUGUUGCUGGGGAAGGAGCUUCAUGAACAUGCCUCUGCCCCCCUUCUGCCACCCCCACCUGCCUCAGCAGUGUCCCCGACAGCGUCUGCCAUGUCGGCCAAUAGCGCCCACUCAAAGACGGGCAGCAAGGACAGCAGCACCCAGACGGACAAGAGCACUGAACUCUUUUGGCCUAACAUGGCCUCCCUGCCCACCCGUGGCAGGCUGAGCACCACCCCUUCCAACAGCCCUGUCCUGAAGCACCCAGUGGCCAAGGGGGCUGCUGAGAAACUGGAGAACUCUCCUGGUCAUGGGAAGUCACCUGACCACAGAGGCCGCGUAAGCAGCCUGCUGCAUAAGCCCGAGUUCCCCGAUGGAGAGAUGAUGGAAGUUCUCAUCUAACCUCGUCAUCCCUGUUGAAUUUCAUAACGGAGCACUGAGAAACAAGGCAAGUGGCAGAGGGAGAAGAGAGACCAAGAAGGUCGUAGAUGGGAAAUCAGGCAUGAUGUGAACUGAUAAAGAGUUCAGAUUAAUAACACUUCUCAUAAAUGUUUAAAACAACCAGGAGACCUACAUGACUGAAGAUAAAAGAGAAUGCUCUGAAUUUUUGUCACACAUGAUGGCGGAAGAGAGAAGAUUUAUGUAGGUUUGGAAACAAAGUUAAGAAGAAAUAGGAAAUGGAAUUUUCAUUGUACAGAAAAUGUAUCUGUUGGGGAGGCUCGUGUGCUCCCAUUCUCUGGUUAUAAACAGAAAAACCUGAACACAGACCAUGCUUGGAAUACCCCCAUUCUCCUUGCCUCUCAGCAUGUAUUGUUUAAGAAGAACCUCCUAGAAUCCUCUAGAGUCCAUCUUGGCAUAAUGUAGUAUCACCUGUGCCAGCCCAGGGGUGUCCUGUCAGUUGUGUAGGUGUGGCAGUGAGAAAAAAUGUCCAGGGCCUGAGGAGGAAUAUAAAAGGUGGUAUUUGCCUAAUUUCUCAUUUGGUUUGGAUUUUCAGGAGAUUAUAGGUUUCUUAGCUUUCCUGGCUUUAGUAGUAUUUUCUGAACAGGAUGGCAGUGUUAAGAUCCUGGUCCUUAUUCCCAAAACUUCUGAGUUCACCUCUGUCUCUGCUUUACUAUGUUUAAUUUUACUUUUUGUUGUUUGUUCAUUUUUUUUUUCUUUUUACUAAAACAUGGUAGAAUUCCUUAGCUGUGGGAUUUGUAGAGCAGACAGUUCUGCUAUAUCAAACAGUGACUAGCCGGACAAAGCCAUUUGCUGGCUUCCCGGCUGCUUCCUCUGGCUUUGGGUGGUUGGGCUGCGGCUAUUUCUCUCAUUCUGGCUGUGAAUCAGGUAUGCUGGGUGAGGCAGAAGAGUCCACAGGUCACUUGCACUAAGAUCACGGCACUGGCGUUUUGCUCUGUCAUUCAGCUCUCGUAAGGAGCUUGGUAUUUCCAUCCCGUUGCUCUGUUGAGGUCAGGCUUUCAGGACAGACUCAGUUUACAAACAGUUGUCCUGGUGGCAUACAGAAUCUGCCCUGGCACCUUGCACUAUAUUUUUGUAUCAUGGCCCACAAGCAUUUUCUGCACUCUCCUCUCCUCCCUGCACUCCUCCUGUUGCUGCCAAUGAGCAGGCAGGCUUCUGUGACUUCAGGUUUUUCUUCCAUGAACCUGUUCUGUAAUCUAUCAGGCCAGUAUAUAUACCAUGUGGCCAGGUGUUUCGAGGUUUUAGUUUGGAGCAACUUAACCAAGUGAGACAGAAAUGGCAUGAAACCAAGCCAGAAGACACAGGCAUCUUUGCUGUGACCUUUCACAACUGAGUCCUUGGAGAUUGGCUUCCUUUACAAAUCUGGGGGGCUGGAUGAGAAAGAGCAGCUCACCAGACUGUCAGAUGCUCUUGCAGGGUCCUGAUUAUUUUUCUUCCUACAUGUCAGACUGGUCUGUGUUUUCCCAGGUCACUUUCUUCCUGCUUACUUACGACAAGAAGAUCUGAAACUUUUUCAAGUACCUCCUAAUAGAAAACCAAAGACGGUUCUAGUCUGGAAACUUUGCUUGGGAGCUUAUUUUAGGAUUAGUUGUUUUGUUUUGUUUUGUUUUGUUUGAGAGAUUUUUGCUAUAUGGUGUUUGCACUCGCCAGAGA